AUGGUACAAUGCCGAAAUAUACAACGCGAGCUACAGCAUGAAUUUGAGUUUGUCUACUUCGAAGCACCAUUCACUUGCGGACCUGGUCCGGAUAUUUUACCUGCAUUCAAAAGUUACGGGCCGUAUAAAACAUGGUUAACCGGUAUCGAGGACGCCAAUGGAUUUGACGAUUCAACUGGUGAGGAUGGAAUUGAGAGAGUAUGGAACAUGAUGAUUGCUGAGACCGGAAAGAACGGCGAAGAGUGGAAUUGGGUGGGUGCAUUGGGUUUUAGCCAGGGUACAAGGGUCGUCAGCGGUCUGCUACUUGAUCAGCAGCGGCGCCAAUCUCACCAAGAUCCCCCGAUGUCUCAAGAAAUCUCGAGUAUUGGUAGCCUGGUAUUUGGGGUUCUCUGUAUGGGCAGUGGAUCUCCUAUGCAGCCGAAGGCCGGCUCGGCUUUGAGCACUUCUUAUCAACACGAUGAGCGAAUAUCAUCUCCAACUAUACAUGUUCAUGGGUUGAAGGACAGGCAUCUCAGUAGUGGACGGAAGCAGUUGGCCACUUGGUUCACAGAAGGCUCUUCCAUUCAAUGGGAUAUGGAUUAUCAUCAUGCCAUGCCAUGGUAUAAGAAAGACGUUGUUCAGCUUGCUGGGAUUAUCAGAGACACGUAUCGAUCUUCUUUGUCGAAUUAA